GCUUUUAAUAAUUGUCCUUUUAGUUUACUAUUGCCACUGUCUUUCCCAAUUCCAAAAUCGUUCAUCAAAGCAGCAAUACUGAUUUGGUUUGCUGGAUCUCCCGCAGUGACUCACAGGAUUGGAAUUGUAUUGGUUAAUGGUUAGUAACAGUCCUAUGAAACAUGCUAUGAAGGAAUGUACUCCUGUUUUGGUUAUAGCCUCUAAAUGGUACGGCAGUCUGCACGGGGAACAUGGAGGCCCAACCGAAUACCGGGAUUCAAGUUCCAACAUAAGCCAACAAUACUCAUCAAGCGAAUUACUGUUAUCUUGAAGUUAGUCACUCAAGUUUUUAUUGAAAAUCAUGGCGAGUGAAGCUUCUCAAACUAUGAGUUUGAAGAUCCUUGUGGAGAAAGGGAAAAAUCGAAUUGUUUUUGUGGAGGCAAACAAGGAUUUUGUGGAUGUUCUAUUCAGCUUCCUUACAAUACCUAUUGGAACAAUUUUCGGACUCACUCGUGAGCACUCUUUGGAGGGGGGGAUUGGCUGUUUAAACAACUUAUAUGAAAGUUUGGAAAAGUUAGAUGAGGACUUUCUAUCAAGUGAGCAAAAAGGGAUGCUUCUUCAUCCGCGAUGUGCAAGUGAUAUCUACUGUAGGAACCUAAAGGUAAAUUUGGUUGAAUGUAACAAAAGCAAGUAUUAUGGGUGUGGCAGCUUUUGGACUUGUAGUUUUGUGAGCUAUAACCAAAAUGUUUCUUGCCGGUGUGGAAAAGCCUUGCGCCACGAGGUAAAUCUAUUAAACCCAGUUUCCCAUGGUGGAAGUGGAUUUAUAAAACCAGCUGUGCAGUUUGUGAUAACCGAUGACUUUCAAGUGUUGCCUAUGUCUACCAUGGCCGGCUUGUCUCUGCUUGGCAAUUUUGGAGCAUUUGAUGGGAGCAAAACAGAAGUGAGAAUGCUGAACGUAGGAAAGGAUGAGGUUCUAAAAUUGCUCAAGUGCACAUUAGCAUCAAUGACGCCUUUUUCUGACUCCAUAUUGGAACCUCCCUUCAGUAAGACAAAGCCCAUGAUUAAUUAUGGACUGUGUGGACGGAGGAUGAUGAAUCUAUCUCAAAGAGACGCGGACACAGGAAAUAAGGAUGAAAAGAUAAACUUAAAGCUUAUCAUAAACAGGUUGAACAAUAGGGUGCUGUAUGCAGAAGUUGAAGAGAAUUUUGUGCAUCUCCUAUGCAGUUUCCUCUCAAUUCCAAUCGGCUAUAUCAUUAAGGAAUUUCCAUAUUUGUCCUUCAAUGGAAACCUGGGCAAUUUACGCAAGAGUGUCCAAGAUUUAGAUGUCAACAAGUUCUUCAAAUCAUCAGAGAUGAAGGCAAUUCUUCUCGAUCCAAAACUAGCCCCUGGUACCUCUUAUGACAAAAAACUAAUUGGUAUUGAAGAAGCUGUAAACCCGUCUUACUCGACUCUUUCUUCACUAUUCAAAAUCACAUACUCUGCUUUGAGUUCAGAGUCCCCUCUGCAGGAAGUUAAAAUUGGUGGCGAACUAGUGAAAGGACCGGUUAUGUUCAUGGUGACGGAUAGUUUAUCAAUAGCACCUUUAUCUCUGAUCUCAUGCAUCUCUCUUAUCAACAGAUUAAAGGUACCUUCCAGCGACAUUCAGGAAUUGGAGGUGAAUAUGGGUGAGGAGGAGACUUUGCGUCUCUUGGUGGCUUCGUUGGUGUCAAGAUCUGCAUUGACUGAUGCUUUUGUGCGUAAGGAGAUGAAGCAAGAAACCUGAGGUAAAAAAGCGUUGUCUGAUUGUCUCUAUGCCCAGCAGAAAGGAAGAAACUCUGGUGUUUGCCUAUAAGCCUAUGUUCUAGUGCAACAAUGCAAACUUGCUUUAUUAGCAUUGAUAUUCUCUCUCUGCAGCUGAUGUAAAACCUAUUGGUAUUCUUUCCUUUCCUUUUUUUUUGGUUUUGUGAGACCCUUUUGUGGUUUUGUCUAGUAAUUUGGAGAGACUAUUGUGUGGCAAUGGUACUAGGGUAUGGUCUGAAUUUC